UUGUAUGUUUCUUCCAUGCGCCCAGCUUAGCUCAUCCGCACGGCAUGGCAGCCGCAGCGGUGCUGCGUCCCGCCGAUGCCGCCCGCGGCCAGCCCCGUGCGCCGCCGGUCUCCGCGCUCGAGGCCAGAUUGGAGUGAAGCUUUGGAGGCCUUGCCUGCACCAGCGCAAGAUUGGGUUGAGGAAGUCAACCUCGCCACAGAGGGUUUGACGGAGGCCGUGGAGGCCAUCAACGGGAGGUCCAGACCCUUGCGAAUUGGUACGCCGUGUGCAGGCUUUGAGGCACCCUACUUUGCACUGCGGCAACUGGGCAUUCAGAACUUUGAACAGACCUUCGUGGUGGACGUCGCGCCCCAUGCUACGAAGUUCUCUCGGAACCUGCAGCAUGCCAAAACAGCUUGGCUUGGUCAGGACAAGGGCGACUUGUUGCGGCUGGAUCUCACCGUGCUGCCGGCAGUGAAUGUGCUGAUUGCAGGGCCACCUUGCCCACCAUGGUCCUGGGCCGGUCAUCGUAAAGGGGAGAAAGAUCCCAGAGCAGAAGUCUUUUGGCGGGUCAUCGACCUCAUCGCUGAGCUGGUGCGCCGCCCCGGCGACGAUGCACUGAGGUGUUUUGUGCUCGAGAACGUGGAGGGCAUCAAAUUCGAAGAUCAUCAUGGCCGUCGAGGUAUUGAUGAGGUGCUCAGGCGUUUGCGGACAUCCGUGCCAGCCUUCAAGAUCAGGAUCUAUGACAUGAACACCCAGGACUAUUCACUUCCUCAGAACCGGGCGCGUGUCUACAUCGUAGGGGUGCACAAGUCCCUCGAAGUGCGUGGACGAUCCUUUUGCACCCCGUGGGGGCCACCCGGAUGCCGUUCCGGGCGACGGCCCUCUCGCAACGGUGAGGCGGUGCAGGACUGGCUGGUUCCAAAGGACAAAGUUGCCGACCAAUUCCUGCAGGUACCAGAGCGAUUGAGAGAGAAGAAGCGGAAGUGGGAUGAAGCCCUGGCUGAGCGUGCGCCAGCUGGCUGGAGAAUCGCUUGCGCCGACAUCGACCGCCCAGUGGAGAGCAGCUUCGCACAGCUGCGCUUCGAUGGCGUCCUGGCCACCAUCACGACACAUUUCAGAAGCUGGCUGUGGCUUCGGGAGGAGCAGCUGGAGCGGCCGCUGGAGCGGUCGAUCAUGCCAAUUGAGCUGCUGCACUUGCAGGGCUUUCCUGCAAGGGAUCCCUUGUUGGCCAAAGCUCUACAAGGCUUGACCGAACAGGAGGUCGUCAUCGGAGCAGGCAAUGCCAUGAGCGUGCCUGUCAUUGGCGCAGUCUUGGCAGAUGUCUUUGUCAAGACUUUGGUGGGAAGGCUGGAUGUCGCCAUGGAGGUCUCAGACUCCGAAGACUUGGAGGAUGACUUGGGAGUGGAAACAAGCUUUCCUCGCUUCAAGUGUGGUUGCUGGCUUCAUCUCAGGAGGCUUCCUGAUGGCCCCGGAGGGCGCUUGGGUGGCGUGGGGGUGCAUUCGGGACGACGGAGCGAGAAGCUGCUCUUGGGCCGUGAUGCGAGGCGGGCAUCCGGGCUGCUGAUGGAGGCCGAGCGAGAAGGCUCUUCGGUGGUCAGCCGAGUGCAUGCAGAGAUUCUUCCAGGCCGGCAGCCAGGAGAGGCCUUCUUGCGGGACCUGGCGAGCACCAAUGGCUCGUGGGUCCUGGGCAAGGGAAAGGUGAGUCCUGAGGAUGUGGAGGGCGAGGUGUUGGCUUCGGGUGAUGAGAUUUCGUUGGGCGUUGAUCCUGGCAGCUGGCAAGGCGGUCCUGAUCCCAGUGACUUUCGGUUUCUCUUCCGCAUCGAAAUGCCCAGCCCCAAACGGCGCCGCACGGGCGGAACCGCUGACCGCCCAGCGGUUCAGCCGGACCUGCCCCAGCCCCCGCCAGCGGCCUCGCCCCGGACACUGGCGGUGGCCGCGACGAAGGACCUGCCUUCGGCCGCGGAGACCAUUGCCGCGCUGGAAGAGUUGGAAAAAGCGGCUUUGGUAGGUGCUUGGAAGGCUGAGAAAGAGGUCAAUUCUGCCCAGCCAACACUGCGGAAUCGGACCCUCCGCGGCAUCGGCGUCUCCGGGGAAGCGCGGGGGCCGCCAGUCCCGGCGGCCGCCACAGUGGAGGGUCAAGAGCUGGAGGAGAUGCUGUGGAAGGCCUCCCGCGAAGCGGAGGUCCGGUUCUUCAUGAGUUACCAAUCCUUGGCGCGCAGGGGCCGUGACGGAAGCGUGCCAGGAGUUCCGAAGAUGGUUGGACGACUUGAAGCUGGAUAG